AUGGAUUCGCCUAGUAAUAAUGAAAGUAGGCAAGGCACGCCUGAGAUAUCAACACAUCAUGCUCUUCUUGUUGUGUUAGAUAGCAACAAGACGGAAAGUGAGAGAAGUCCCUUUGGCUGCCACGUAAAGCUACUUCCGGUAUCGAAUAAGCAAGAGAAUCUCUCAGCCGGCGGCUCCCCUUCUCUUCCUUCGGAUUGUCCAAUCGAGCUAUCAUAUCCUCAGAGUAUAAGCAACGCUGAUAAGAUUACCAGUACCAAUAAAGAGUUUUGGGAAUACUUUGCUACAUUAUAUAAGAAUAACAACAAGGGAAUCAAAGGACGAGGCAAAGACCGCCGAGUCGGCCUUGUAACUCAAUAUGCUCUUCCCACCCAUCCUACUUCUCCAUCCUACGCUUCUUCUUCCCCCUCCUCCUCCCUAUCCUCAGUUUACACUCCUCAACUCAAAUUUGAACCAAGGCAAACUUACGCGAUAAAUCACACCUACAAUCCCAUGUUCCGCCCAGCCCACCAUGGUCUCCCCCUCCCCAUUGAUAUGGUCAGUAUGGGCUCUGCUCCUAUGAUGCAUAUGGGCAUGAACUAUGCUCAGAACCAGCACAGCUUUGCUGAGCUUCAGGGAUUCAUACUUCAGUACAAGGAAAGACCUGCGGAAGUGUCUGGAAUUAGAAGGAAAGGUGUUCGGGACGUAACGGAGAAGACCUAUCCAGCCAGCAGUCUCAGUUUAGUACCUUGCGGUUUAGAUGUAGUCGAUUUCUUGCACAUAUCGGAGCUAGUGUUGAAAGGCUCUGUCAGGGGCUGCUCUCUCAGAGAAGAACAAGGAUUUGCAGCUUCCCUCCCGGAAUCGGGAGGGCUUCCCGGUUGUAGGUUAGAUUCCGAGGCUGAUUUGGCAGAUCCUAAAGUGCGUGAUGUAUAG